CCCCGGAGCCCCGGCCCGACUGCCCCGCAGCCUCCCAGCAGCUGAUGGCGCCGCAGCCAGGGCGGGCGCUGCGGAUCCCCAGGCGCAGCUAGCGCGGGGGGAAGAGCGCCGCCCCCACCCAGCCCGGCCCGGACCCAGGGCCCCGCCGGCCGGUGGCUCCCAGGUCCCGAAGGUGGGGCCCAGGCCUGGGUUGCCAUGGAUACCGUGUCCCUGGAGCAUCAGAUCCAGAGCGUGCAACGCCACAUCAGCUUCCUGAAAAAGGAGCAGAUGGCCCUGCUGCGAGACCUGCACCUGGAGAUCCUGAGGCUGCAGAAACGCUGCUCAGAACUGACCCAUGACCUGGAAAUGAGAGAGGCCCAAUCUCACCAGCAAGAGGCGGCGUCACGGGAGCUGGAGAGCAAGUGCCGCGCGCUAGAGUCGCAGCUGGAGGCGCGGGCCGCGGCCAACGCGGAGCUGCGGCGGGAGGUGGCACAGCGCGAGGCUCUGGUGUCCGCGCUGCGCUGCAGCCUGCGCACCGAGGAGCGCCGCUUCCUGGAGGAGCUGCGCCGCCGCAGCCACCGCGCCACCGUGCUGGGCACCGAGCUGCAGAAGCACACCGAGGCGGCCGCCUACCUCUCCUGCCAGCUGCACGCGGCGCGCCAGAGACUGCAGGCCCCGCGUCCGGGCCCCGGCGCCGCAGCCGAGCCCCGGCUACGCCGCCGCGCACCGCGGGCCCGCCGCCCGCCUGCUGCCGCCGCCAAGGGCCCCGGCCGGGACUGGGCCGCCUGGGACCGCGGGGCCGGCGCCCUGGACGACACCGACCCGAUGCCCGACCCCGCGCUCUUCCUCCGCAGCGCACGGAGGCCGCUGCGGCCCAGCGUCCGCAGCCCGCGCCAGCCGCCUCCGCAGGAGCCCCCGGACCGGGCCGACGCCCUUCCCACCAAGCCUUCCUCUCCAGGAGAGGCCCGGGCUAGGGGCUGGUCCUUCUACCCCCACCCCGACCCUGCCGAUAGGUCCUUGCAGAGGGAGCAGGAAAUUGGCAAGAAGUAG